GUAGCCUGGUAGACACCGGUCAGAAACAUGAACGUACUGACAUGCAUUUCAUCGUGCUUGUUUCGUAACAAGCACACGUUGAUUAAGAUUGGAAGAGCGAUGUCAUAUCGAUUUCAAGACACUUCACUUAGAUUUCAUACGUUACCUACCCGAUGCAUUGCAGAGUCCAGAUGUAUCAGAGACAAAACAACAUUACUGGGAAUAAACACUUUGAGGAUUCACAUAGUGCCACGAAGAAACUUUCUCAAGAUGGACCCUGAAUUGAAACCCCUUCUUAAAUCAAAGCCUGAAAAAGAUGGUUUGUGCAUGAAGAAGUAUGAACUCAUCUAUGUGAGUGAUUCGUUUUUGGCUUAUAAACGUGCAGGAGACUUUGUGAUGUUGAUGUCAUUGAUAAUACUGCCUUGGUUAUGCUACUCUGUAUAUAUGGACUCCGAGAAAAAGAAUGUAAAACUUAGCAAACCAAGUGAAAUGCAUCCGAAAUAUCAAUCAUUGAUUGGUCUAGUAUUUAUUAAUUUGUUUUGUUUGACAUGCUUCUAUAGGUUUCGUAGAAGUCCGUAUCGAAUAUACAAAGAAAGAAGCAGUCAUGGUCUCAACUCUCAGUAUUUGGCAAUCAUGCCAGACCGACUCUUCUUCACAAAGCAGCUACAUUUUGGUUUACUAGAUUACAAGGAAUUGCCAAAACCACAGAAAUUCACGCGUUCUUUACUUCUUGGGAAUGCUUACAUCAAACAGAAGAGUUAUGUCAUUUUUGAAGAUUGCUUUGUAUCUUCACACUUUCAUAACGAAAUAAAUGGUUUUUUGUUGUAAAUA